GCGGAUGUGGCACGACAUCUUGCAACCCUGCGCGAACUUUCUGACGCUGAUGCGAUGUUGGACGUCGAGCGCGCAGCGGGAAGCCUCUCAGGGAAACUUGUUGCUUUGGAGAUGUACGACGCCGCCCUUCUCGCAUUGCGCGCGAUGCAUCCAAGACUGUGUCGGCUACUUGGCUUAGCUCCAUUGUCAACUAAUUCCACGCAGCUCGAUCUACUCAGUAUAUCAUUACCCGACGAAGCCACUACUCCUACGCCAACCCUGCUCACCCUCACAACUACAUUUCUACUUCACACACUGACUGUCCUCUCGUCCCAGACACCUUCAAAGGUUCCCUUGACCUCGUUCGUGGGCUGUCUCACGUUGUCGUCUUCGAUCACGCUGCUCACGUGGGCGCGCCUGAUCCCACCACACACAUCGACGCGACACUAACACGCGCGUAUAGCUGCGUCGUGCGGCUGGCGGCCACGCCAGGGAUCACACCGAUUCAGGCGUUUGCACUACGGAGGUAGGGCUGGGGUGUCUGGCGCACACGGAGUCGGGGAAGGUCGAGCCCCGGGCGUUCUGGGACCAAGCAACCAAGGCGGCUGGGGCGCUCAUCAAAGCUACGGCGGCGACCGAGGUGGAUGCAGUGACGACUACGGUGCUCGAAGCGUUCGAUGAUUUGGUGGGCCGAGCACAGCAGAGGCCAGACGCGGAGGCUUUCAUGAGUGGGAAGGCGUUUGCUGCAUUUUGUGAGUGCUGGACGAACUGUGCGAAUCGAACCAGGAAUAUAUCCGCCCUGGGCCAAGUCGCAAAUGUUGUGGGGAAGCCAUCUACAGACACGGUGGACCUUUCGGUGCAGUGCACACAGAGUUGCACUUUGUUUGCACAGAUCGCUGCUGCAAAGGAGACAGACCUAAUGGAUGCUGUAGAUUGGGCUGGCGUCACGCUUGUGUUGUCAAACCCUGAUCUCCGCGGUAAAAUGUAUCGAGCGAUGGAGAAAGCAAGACGGAGCGUGAUAACAUCGGUUGAUGAGGGAAACGGUGGCGCUGGAUUUGUCGAGAAGGUGAUGGACGUGCUCGAGUGUUUGGUGCAGCAGAAUGCGACCAACGACACACUGACCUCGCUACUCGACACGAUCUUCUCCGUGUCGCGAUGGACUCUCGCUGGAUCGCCUCCAAAGGCCCACGCGACUCUGACACGUGCGGUGGCAGCGCUGGACUUGACAACGGAACGGAAAGCAAAUUAUGCGCGAUGUGUUUCUGGCGCAUUCCACAACCUAGCAGGGACGCUGUACAACGCGACCAAGUAUGGAGCGGCGAUCCCGUUCUUGGAGGACGGCUGUAAGCUGGGUGGCAACGCACGGGAGCUGCGCCGCCAGGAACAAACCAAAGACGACAAGAAUGCCGAUGGGUGGAAACAGCUAGACGAGCAGCUCUGGAGGCGUUGGGAAUUGUUAGGGGUCUGCUUCUCUAAAUUGGGGAACCGCCGGUCAGCGCACGCGAGCUUUGUUGAAUGCAUCAAAGCAUUCCCAUACGACCUGUAUCCGGUAUGCCCAAAGUGGUUCGAGUGCUCACCUGCAACGGUGCAGCUGGGCACCAUCGUUGACCGGACGACGUACCUGGGCGCGUGCGAAUUGUUCCUGGAUCCUGGCCAGGUGGUCCUGGUGACAGAUCAGCCCCUGCUGCUUGAGCGACAACUGGCGUCGCUGGCGGCUAGCCGAUGGAAAGAAGGCGUGCAGCGCGUCAUGCAGACUCUGCUGCGUGCGCUGCUGGAUGUCAGCAAGGACCGUGCUGGUGUCCUGGUCGCGUGUCUAGAGUUUGGGUAUUACACAGGGCUCAGCGUCGUUGAUGGCGCCGCGGACGAGGUCGAACUCUUGUGCGCCGAUGAUCCCACCCGCUUGCACACGCGCGCCUCGGCUCAUCUUUGGGCUGCCCUCGAUGCCCAUAAGCAAGCGGAAUCAAUGACGGCUCAUGUUGAGAUUGCGUGUCGGGUUCUGGAGGGUACGAACGCUCCGAAGAAAACCGUCGCCUCAAAACCUCUGCGUAGGACAGCAAAAGCGCAGUCAUCCAAGGCACAGUCAUCCAAAGUGCAGACACCGAAAGUGGAAACACCUGCACAGUUGCUCGAGUUACUGCAUCUUGUUGCCCGGGUGCUGAGUCUUCAACGACAUGUGUUGCUCAAGGUGAGGGUGUUGGACAUCACGCGACGGCUGUCACAGGACUCGGACGCGACUCAGGAGGGACACGUGAUCGCGUGCAUGGAGCUGGGGAUCGAGUACGGGCGACUCGGCAAAACGCGACGGGCGACGGGGCUGUUUGCGCAAGCAUACGGGUCGCUUGGAGGGGUGCCUGAGGAGCUGUGUGUGUUGGUGUGUUUGCGUUAUGCGGAGGCCCUGGUUUUAGCGAACGAUGUUGCUAGGAGCGUGCAAAUCUAUACAGAGGCGAUGGAGCGCGCACAAAUGUCUGAAAGCACGGAAAAGCCAGCAGCCACGACAGUUGAGCGGGUCUAUGUGCGAGUUGGACGGCUAGAACGAGCGGCGGUGGCAGCGAGCGUGUUUGGCCAGAUUCAGCGCGCGCGAGAAGACAUCUUGAUGUAUGCUGAGGCGAUGCUACGUGCGUUGAGGCUGUGGAAUCGCGCAGUUGAUACCCUGGCACGGCUCUCCCCGACAUCAACUCCCGACGAUGAUCCUUUCUCCGCUUCGACCCCGAGCACCGCGACCAAACCGCGGAAGAUUACAGGCAUUACCGAGUUUCGUGUCUCUGAGGGUCUUCUGGCGACAUUGUUCUCGCUGUGUGAGAUGUACAGCGCCAGGGGCUCGGCGCGGGAGGCUGAGUACUUUGCCAGUCAGGCGCAUGAGUUGGCGGAAGGUCUGGCCGCGAUUACGCUGUCCUCGCGUGCAGUGACUCGCAGGGGCGAAAUCCAGAUGCAUAUGCGCCAGAUCACUGAAGCUGAAGCCAGUCUUGCGCUCGCUACCCCGGAUGGCAUCGGCCGAGAUGCAGCGGAACUCAAAGGUCUGGCGGGCGAUCUCAGUCGCCUACAGGACAGGGAUAGUGAUGCUGGUGCUCUCUAUGAGCAGGCCUAUCAGAUCCUGGACGAGGUCGACGGCCAGUUCCGCGCUUUGGAAGUGGACAGGUCACGGCAAUCUGCGGAAUUUGGUCAAAGCGUGGAUGGCGAUCUUGUAGCGGAUGUUCUGCGGAAACACAUCUGGCUGCUACGCGACAACUCAACUGCAUAUUCAGCUCUUCUCCAGCGCUUCCUCGCUCUGCCUGCUUCUUUGCGCAACAAUGCCCAGGAAAACGUACUCUUAGGCCGGCUGACAUUGCAUCAAGUGUACGACCGUUUCAGGACUGAUAUGUUCCUCUCCGAGUCGACUAUUGCACUUCCCAUGAGUGUUCCUCCGCCGUCCCACGACAUCCUGCGCACUCUGGAAUCGGCUGAACAGCUCUUCUGGCUUGAUCUCACCCUUUUCGCACGCACCGGUGAUGUGACACGAUUGCGUGACGGGAGUGUGAGUCUGGCUGCUGUGCGCGCGCUGCAGACGUCGCUCGGGCAUGGGAAUGCUGUUGAUGGGGCCGAUGCGGUGCUGGUGGCUGGGCUGCUGGAUGGAGCGAGUGCGAUUGCUCUCGGUCGCGAGAUGGUCGAGGCGAUCGAGCACAAGGUAGUCGCUGCCAGAAGAGAUGAUCUGGAGUGGGUUGCAGCUCACGAGGUAGCAGUCACAGUUGCUGCUGUGGAGGACGACGACGAUGAAGAUGCAUCCACGCAACUGCUGUCCGAGUACUGGUCAUCCAUCAAGCUCAGAUACACGAGCCAGGCACCAGACGUUUCGACGCUGUCUGCGUCGCGGAUGGCUGGUGUGCCGGCGAACUGGACAGUUGUGCACAUGACGGUGACCGACGACCGCCGGACGUUGUUUGUGUCGCGGCAGUAUGGCUCUGGGACACAGCCGCCGUUGGUGUUUUGCAUUCCACUGCAAGGUCGAGACGGUGCCGAUCAGCAUCUCACAUAUGACGAUGCCGUGCGGGAGUUCGCGGAGAUCGUCAAGCUGAGCGAUCAAGGCACCAGAGGGGCCGUGCAUGUCGACAAAGACGAUCCCGAAGCCAGGGCAAAGUGGUGGAGAGAACGCAGUCGGCUUGAUGGCCGGAUGAAAGAGCUUGUGGAGAACAUCGAAUUCUGUUGGCUGGGUGCGUUCAAAACGAUCUUAUCCCCACGCUCAAAUCUGCUUCCGCCUGCCAUUGCUGAGCUGCGGGUCCAAUUUGACCGUGUGUUCCAGCGUGCGCUGCGGUUGCAGGACAGCAAAGUGGGACCGCAAAAGCUGGACGACGAUCUGCUCGCGUGUUUUGCAACGCUGUCGCCCAAGUGCCGGGACGAAGAGCUCGAGGAUCUUGUCUACUUUGUGCUGGAUCUGUACCAGUUGCAUGGCAUGCCAGUUGCUGUUGCAGAAGUCGACAUUGAUCAGGUCGUUGUUGAUCUUCGGAGUGUGCUAGAGGAGCACCAUCGCAGGCAGCGGGGCGCUGCCGCUGUUCCUCCCACCAACGACGAGCACGUGUUUCUCGUGCUCGACAAGAAUUUGCAGGGCUUACCGUGGGAAAGCACACCAAUUCUGCGAGGGCGGAGUGUCAGCCGGAUCCCCAAUCUCGAUUUUCUGCUAGAUAGAAUCAAGCUGGCGAGCUGGCAAAAACACGGCGCCGGCUCAGCCGCUGUUGUCGACCGAGCAGUCGUCAACCCGCGCAAGGGCGUCUGUGUCCUCAAUCCUUCCGGCGACCUGCACAAGACCGAGGCGCGUUUCUCCGCCUGGACCGAGUCGCAAAGGACACGUAAUGGCUGGGAGACCAUCGUCGGCCGUCCGCCGUCCGAGAUGGAGUUUUUGAGGGCACUGAGUACGAGCGACCUCGUUGUUUACUUUGGACACGGAGGCGGCGAGCAAUACGCCAGGGCACAUCGCAUCCGGAACUUGACGCGUUGCGCAGCGGUGAUGCUCUGGGGCUGCUCCAGCGGUCUUUUGCGCGAUCUCGGCGAUUAUGAGCGCAUCGGCACGCCCUGGAAUUAUAUGGUCGCUGGCUGCCCUUCCCUGGUGGCCAACCUUUGGGACGUGACUGACCGUGACAUCGACUUGUUCUCGCAGGCGGUGUUCGACAAACUCGCGCUCGGAGGACCGCAGCGUAGCGAUCCUGUGUCGGUUGUCGCUGCCGUAGCCCAAUCCCGGGACGUCUGCAAGCUCAAAUAUCUGACCGGUGCUGCCCCCGUUGUUUAUGGCAUCCCGUUUUAUCUGUAAUGCAAUAUGAUAUUCAAUAACUAACGAAUAUAUGGGGAGAAAGGUCGUGAGUUUCAUUAGUAGCGUCUAUGUGCGUGUCCGAGGUGACUGUUUGCUGCCAGACAGAUCCUGAAUGUCGAAAAAUAUGGCGAUCCCGAACGAAAACCAGAGCAAACACGCUGCCGCCGUUGACACAUUGUAGGCGUUGCACCUACAUAUUAUGAACGAAUGAACAGCGAAUGGAGAACGAAACAACACGCACCAGCCCUGGAAUCCACCGCUCGGGCACCGCUUGCCAAUCAUCACAAACACAAACACGGCGCCCCACACUAGAAAUCCUACAGAAUCAACCGCUGUGAUCGUCUUGGCCCAUGAACGGGCAUGCUUCCACGCCUCUUCCAUCGCCAGCCCCGCAAACACACUCCGUCGUCGGGCCUUCCUCCGCUUUCGCCGAGCCGCGCCUGGAUCGUAUCCACCCGGAACGGACCCCAACUCAUCAUCAUACUCGUCGUCCGAGUCAUCGUCGAGAUCAUCAGGCCGGCCGAAGGCAUUCGGGUCGACGAUCAAGUUCACCUGAACGUCGCCGGCAGCGGGCGGACCGUGUUUCCCGUGUUUGCCCUUUUUCGGCUUCCUGCCUUUCUUGCCGUUCUGGGUGGUCACAGGAAGCACCAUCAUCCCGUUUGCAGCAGGUCCCGCCGGUUUGCGCCGCUUGCCGGCACAGCAGCAUGGACGAAACGCAAACAGCCACAAAAGCAGCAGCACGAAGAUCGCAGAGAAUGCGUACAAAACAUAAGCCGAUGCGGUCCCCGCUGGGGGAGCGGCCGGAGUCGGUUUGAUUAGCUGUGGGCAUGUCAGUACAUGAUAUGGAGUAGCCAUGCGCCACAACACGUACCGCUGCAGCAUAUAUUGACGGUACAGCAGCCACUCCGGCCAGCACAAUCUGCAGCGCCCUCAACGCGAUGCGCUUCUUCGGGCCCUUGGUCACUAGCUGGCCCUUGGCAUUCACCGUCCCCACAAGUGGUUUCCCAUCCGCGUCCAAAAACUCCCCAUUGCUAGCUGCCGUCGGUUUUGAGCUGUCCUGGUUUCGCGAAGACGUCCCAAACUCGCGCUCAAGCAUGCGCAUGCGUUCUUCUUUGAGCGCCGGGUCGAUUGGCCCGUACUCGGGGGGUUCUGAACUCCACGGAAGAUAGUCCCGGCUCGAGUCCGUGAAUGGAUCCACACCAUCUUCCUCGAACGUUCGUUUGGACCCCCAUGAUGAAUGUGGCAGCGGGGUGUACAUGUCAGGUGGCGAUACCGGUGUUGGGAUCGACGAUCUCGAGCCGGCGGUGCCUGGGUUGUUAGUGUUAUACCAGUUGCGCGACCAAGCGGGAAAGUGUGCGGUGUCGAGAGCCGGGGAUGAAUUGCGUGGUGGUUGGAGGUAAGGGUGAUUGUGAUUGUUAGCGGAGCGGGGUGACGCAGGGUGUGAGUUCCGGGUAGAGUGCGAUUGCACGGAGGGCGGAGGAAGCGAGAAGGGUCUUCGGGUUGUGUUUCGCCCGCCGGAAUUAGUAUGUGUGUUAGAUGAUAAUGUAUCGCCACGAGACAUAGACGUCGGCAUGCGCGCAGCAAGCGGCCGGUGUGUGGGGGGAUACAUGCCGUGGGACAUAUGCUCUAGUGACCGGAGCGUCAUGCGGUAGUCUGCCAGAUCAAGGGCCUCCACAGAGACGUCGGAGGGCUCCCUGCGCCGAGCAGGAAAAUCGUACGGGUCGUAUGCGUCGUAAUCAUAAUCCCUCCUCCUGAAUGGAUCGGAGUGGGGUGGGUUGGAGCGGCCACCAGAGCUUCGAGGUAGUGGGUCGUAGGGCUCGGGAGACCAGGGGCGGCGAAAUUGAGAUGGCCGGGCAUCGUACGCGGGAUCCGGAUGGUACAUGGAGAUUAAGACGAGAAAAAGCGGUCGUUACGAAAUCGUAGUCGUGAAAUUAUCGUGAGAGGAUCGUUAAUGAUGCACUGUGCAAAAGAAGAGGAGGGCGAGGGGUCGGGAAGAGAGAAGCGGCGUCCGUAGACGAGAAGCGCAAGCUAAUAGUGUCGAGCGAGCACAAAGUCCUGGGGAGAGGAUCGCACAGCCGAGCGUGGGAACACGUGCGAUUGCCAGACGUGUUUGGUCGUGUGUCGAGCUCGAUCAUUCGUCCCCGCCGCCAUGCAGGACGGUCGCGCGCCGAGAAUAAAAACCGCGCUCCGGCGGCGAUUCAGAUCACCGCCGAACAACUCCUUCGCGAGGCCCAAGAACGACAAGAAUCCGCCUUUCGUGCGCCGAGACAGCGGGUUGAGGAUUUUGAGGAGCUUCAUGAGUACCGGGGCAGGAAACGAAAGGAGUUCGAGGAGCGGGUGCGGCGCACAAGGGGAAGCAUGUUUUAAGGAAUGGUUGCAGUAUGCGAACUGGGAGGUACGCGCCGUGAUUCUGUCUUACCACUUCCUCCACCUCAUCAUUAUCCCGCAGGCCAGUCAAAAUGAAUUUGCGCGUUCUCGAUCUGUUUUUGAACGUGCGCUGGACGUCGACCCACGUAGCAUCCAGCUCUGGCUUUCGUACACGGAGAUGGAGUUGAAAUCACGCAACGUCCAGCACGCGCGUAACCUAUUCGACCGCGCUGUCACGCUCCUCCCGCGGGUCGACCAGCUCUGGUACAAGUACGUCUACCUCGAGGAGUUGCUGCAGAACGUGCCCGGUGCCCGGCAGGUGUUCGAGCGCUGGAUGCAGUGGGAACCGGAUGACAAGGCGUGGCAGGCAUACAUUAAAAUGGAGGAACGCUACCAAGAGCUUGACCGAGCGAGCGCGAUCUUCGAACGAUGGGUCGGGAUUCGACCAGAGCCGAGGGUGUGGGUGAAGUGGGGCAAGUUCGAGGAAGAGAGGGGGAAGCUGGACAAGGCUCGCGAGGUAUUCCAAACUGCGCUUGAGUUCUUCGGAGACGACGAGGAGCAGGUUGAGAAGGCUCAGGCUGUCUUUGGUGCAUUUGCCAAGAUGGAAACUCGGUUGAAAGAGUUUGAACGGGCUAGGGUGGUCUAUAAGUUUGCGUUAUCUCGAAUCUCGCGGUCGAAAUCGGCAGGGCUUUACGCCUCUUAUAGCAAGUUUGAAAAGCAACACGGAACUCGCACGACCCUCGAAAACACUGUCUUGGGCAAGCGAAGAAUUCAGUACGAGGACGAGAUUUCGCGAGAUGGCAGAAACUACGAUGUUUGGUUCGACUACGCUCGUCUUGAAGAGACCGCCCUCCGAGAUCUGAAAGAGGAAGGCGCCACUGCUGAAGAAGAAGAGGCCGCCAUCGGACGUGUGCGAGAAGUAUACGAACGCGCUGUUGCCCAGGUGCCUCCAGGGAAUGAGAAAAGGCAUUGGAGGAGAUACAUAUUCUUGUGGCUUGACUAUGCUCUCUUUGAAGAAAUUGAGACCAAGGACUUUGCACGGGUCCGCCAGAUUUACAACGCGGCGAUCAAGCUUGUGCCUCACAAGCAGUUCACGUUCGCGAAACUGUGGCUCAUGUUUGCCAAGUUCGAAGUGCGCAGGCUAGACCUCCCUGCCGCACGGAAAAUCUUGGGUGCAGCGAUCGGAAUGGCACCGAAGGAAGCUCUCUUCAAGGGUUAUAUUGACCUUGAAAUAGAGCUACGAGAAUUCGAUCGUGCUCGCGCCUUGUACCAAAAAUACCUCGAGUUUGAUUCGGCAAACGCCCCCGCGUGGAUCAAGUUUGCUGAAUUGGAGUCACAACUGCAAGACUUUGCCCGGACUCGAUCCAUAUUCGAACUGGGCGUCUCUCAGUCUCCGCUGUCGAUGCCCGAACUGUUAUGGAAGGCAUUCAUCGAUUUUGAAAUUGAAGAGGGCGAACGAGAUGCUGCGCGGAACUUGUAUGAACGUCUCCUUCAACUCAGUGGUCACGUCAAAGUUUGGAUAUCCUACGCUUUGUUUGAGGCGGAGCCUAUUCCGAUCGCACGUGCUUUGCGGGAUGAGGAGGAGGAGGACGAUGAGGAGGCUGAGGUCAAGACGGUGGAAGGAGACCCGGUUCUGGCACGCCAGGUGUUCGAGCGUGGGUACAAAGAUCUGAAGGACAAAGGACUCAAGAGCGAGCGUGUGGCACUGCUUGAGGUCUGGAAGACAUUCGAAGAGACGCACGGCAGUGAGAGCGACGUCAAGAAGGUCCAAGAGAUGAUGCCAAUUGUCAGUAAACGGCGCGUUGUCGACGCCGAGACUGGGCAGACGGUCGAAGACUGGGACAUGGUGUUUGCUGACGACGAGCGGGAAUCCAAUCCGACCACCUUCAAAUUCUUGCAGAUGGCACAUGCCUGGAAAACGGCUCAGGGUGGUGCCACUGCCCUUUCUGGCUUCACUUCCGCACCAGGCGAUGAUGACGCUGAGAGCGAUGUCGCAAGCUCGAAUGGAGGAGAAUCUGACUGAUCGUAUACAUCCGCUACAUAUUGUACUUACUUACGGGCUCGGUAAAACGCGUUUCAAGCUCGGUCAUGACGCGACGCGUUAUUUGCCUCUGUUGAUUAUUUCUUGCAUGCAUGCUAUUUUCACUUGGGCGGCGUUGCUUUUCUACUGCUCUACAGCAGAUUGAAAAGGAUGGUGCUCGCCUUCUUCGUGUCGUCAAGCGCCGGAUCGACGACAGGGUGGCCUUGACAUCCCAACUCACCGAAACCAUGUCCACACCCGAAGACGUGGCCAGAUUGAAGAAACUGAAGGAAUCAGAGCCACUGCAGGAACUAUGGGACAAGUGGAUACACACCCGGGAGGCCCUGCGCGAGACCACCACGCUGCUCGACGAUCCGGACCUGCGCUCCAUGGCGUCGGAAGACUACGACAUGCUCUCCCAGGCGAUGCAGGACAUGCUAACCACAGAGUUCCCCAGAAUCCUCGUACCCCCGUCACGCACCUCGCAUCUAUCUGCCCUGGUCGAACUCAAGUCGGGCGUCGGCGGCUCGGAGGCGUCGCUCUUCCUCGGAGACAUGCUGCGGAUGUAUCUACGUCUCGCGCAGACGUCGCGCUGGAAAGCAAAUGUCGUGUCGCAGAAUAACCUGGACUCGGGCGGGAUCAAGGAUGCUGUGGUGGAGUUCAAGGGCGUCGGGGCGUAUGACUCGUUCAGUUUGGAGACCGGCGUGCAUCGUGUGCAAAGAGUGCCGGCGACGGAGCAGAGCGGGAGGACACAUACAAGCACAGUAGCGGUCGUGGUUCUUCCGCUAGUUGAGGAAUCGGAAGUACAGAAGGAGGAGCUGUAUUCGAUGAGCGACAUCAAAAUCGAGGUCAUGCGGGCUAGAGGCGCUGGCGGGCAGCAUGUAAACAAGACCGAAUCGGCCGUUCGACUGACUCAUAUCCCCACGGGAAUCACUGUGGCCAUGCAGGACGAGCGUUCUCAACAUACCAACCGACGGCGUGCAUUCCAGGUGCUCGCGAGUCGGCUGAUGGAAGUCAAGCUUGCUCGUGAGAUGGAAGAGCGGCGAGCGAGCCGGAGGAAUCUCGUCCAGAGCGCCGACCGCAGUGACAAGAUCCGCACGUACAACUACGCCCAGGAGCGUGUUACGGAUCAUCGUAUCGGGCUCUCGUUGAUGAAUCUUACCUCCGUCAUGGAAGGGGACGGGCUACAAGACUUUUUGAUCGCGCUGCAGAAAGAUCACGAGGAAAGUCAGAUGGAGGAUAUCUUACAAGACGAUAAGUAAUGCACGCAUGAAUUCGUUAUGUACAAUACAUCUACAAGACGAGAUGGGAUCUGCCGGGGUCCCAAUCGAUUCCUGCAGCUCCACCCCGAAGAUCCCGAAUCUAUCUCGCCGAUCGGUUUCAUGAGGAGAACGAGGGGUUCAUGGUUGGCCAACGAGUUCAUUGUGUUUGAGCGACAAU